CCUCUAACAAUCUAUUCCUUCAGUUACACUCGCUUCAAAAAGAAGACAUAUUUGGCAUUCGUAAACGGAAUUAGAAUCAAGCUAAAGGGAAAUUGUUUUGUGUAUGUAAUUUGUAUUAAUAAAAUUAAACGUUUGAAUUGGAAUAAUCUAGAACAAAUAACAGGAACACAAAAUGGGUAAAGCUCAAAGUAAGCGAUCGGUUGACAUUACUACAGAUAACAAAAAGGGAGUCGAGGAAGAAAUCACUGAAAAAUUGGAAAAAAUUGAAGAUGUUGAUAAAAAGGAUAUAAAUGGAGAUGCAAAUAUACCGUCAUCUUCCGAGAAAAAGGAUUCACACGUUGAGAUGGAAAAUGUUAAAGACAUCACAACCGAAAAAAAAGGUGAUGUUGAAGAUGUGGGACUAGCCCCAGAUGAUAUCAAAUCCCCCGCAUUGGAGACAAGCAAAGAAGAUGGGACUAUUGAAGAUGUCUCUCCUCUAUCUGAAGAAAAUUCAAAAAAGACAAAAAAAGAAAAGGUUAAAAAGAAAUGGUCUUUUCGUAGUAUUUCUUUCGGAAAAAAAGAUAAACAAAAGCCUGGUAAAACCGAUGGAAGCUUGGAAAAUGUAACCGGCGCAGUAAACGGCUCUGAAAACGAUAAAAACACUGAUUCUGUGAAAUCACAAGAAACAUUACCUAACUCGAAUUCACAAGAAGUAGAUGGUUUCCAUGAAAAUGGAAAUACCACGGAAACCCAAACCAAUGGCGAUGAGAUUAAGGAAAACGAAGAGACUGAAUUAAAAGAGUCUACUGACAAAAAAAAGGGAGCUUCGGCAAAUGAUACAACCGUUUUGAAAACAUCACAAGAGUCUGAAGAAUCAACCGAAAUAAAUUCAAAAACUGUUUCGCUACAUGAAGAUGAAGAGACAAAUACAAUAAAAGAUGAAAUAUGUAAUGUCCCAGAAGAAGUUGAAAGAAUAGAGAAGCAAUCAGCAUUCAAGGACACUGCUGAAAACAAAGGCAUUCCGGCAAAUGAAGCCAAUUCUCUUAAUGGUAUUGUAGACGAAAAUCAUCAGAAUGGGACCAACGAAGUAUGCGAAGAAGAAAAACAAUCUAAUCCACAAAUUGAGGUAAUCAACAACCCUGGUAACAAAGUAUCUGCAGACACCCUUAAAUCCAAUUCCUCUUCUACAUCCACUAUUCCUUCCAUUGACCAAACAAAUGUUAUUGUAUUGAACGAAACAAACAAUGAUGUAGAGGUGGAAUCUAAUGCAUCGAACAAGGUUUUUGUCAAUUUGAAAGAGUCUGAGCAGACAUAUGAUCUAAAAGAACUCGUUAAGACAGAUAAUUUAACUUCUGAGAAAUUAGUAGAUGAAUUUUCUGUUCCUCCUCUUCCAAUAUCUCCACCCCCUUCCCAGGUUUCUGUAUUUGCUUUCACGAGCAACAACGAACAAGUUAAUUCUAUAGAAAAGAACGAAAAUAAUCUCACAGAAGCGAUCGCAGAAACGCGAUAUGAAGAAGUAGUUGAGAAUAAACAUAAUAUUGCUGAUGAAAGUGAAAAAACGGUGGGAGAAUCAAUAGAAUUUACUGGAUAUGAAGAAAGUUCCGAAAAGGGAAUUCUUGAAAAAAAAAGCAAUGAAGAAUACACUGAUAGAACUGUACAAGUUCAAUUAGUGGAAGAAAACAAAGAAUGCAAUAAUUUUGCUGAACUUCAGGAAGGAUCUAAUGAUAUCGGAAACAAUAACGAGCAAGGAGGUUUAAUUUUUGAAAAAAAAGAAACUAUGGAAACGACCACAGUUAAUGAUGUAACCCCAAUGUUAAAAAAGAGCAAUGUAGAUUUCCAAGAAGAAAGAAGUUCCAUAGGCAUUACAGAAACGUUCGAUGACUGCAAGGUAAACCAAGAGGUAAUUAUAUCUGAUGGAAUUACCGUAAUCGAAUCUGAUCCCAUUUUUUUGGAAAUGCGUUCAUCUGAGGUUUUGGAAGAAAAACACGCAGUACCCGACGAUAUCAAUACAUUUUCUAGUGAUACAGAAGAUAUUGUUGCAGAUGAAUCAAAGGAAUUGUCAACCCCUAUUGACCUUAAGGAAUGUGCUACCGAAGCAGAACUAAAACAGGACACUUCCGUAUCAUGCGAUUAAUCCACAUCUCAUAUUAUAAAAUAUUUAAAAUACAUUUUUAACAUUUACAUACAUAUUUUAAUCAUUUUGUACAACUUCAUAUCCCUAAUCCAAGAUUAUAUGCAAAAUAAAGUAUACACAUAAUUUCAACGCAAAGUUAAAAGGAAA